AUGCUUAUCUGCAGAGCAUUUCUGUAUCAUACAGCAAUAAAUACCAUUUACCAUAUAGUCCAAGCAGCCAGCCAAUGCUUGGGAGGUCAGGAUAUUUUUGCAAAGGUCAGAGAAAACAGCCCCUAUGGAGAGGUUGUAGCAAAAUUCAGCAGUGCUGAGGGCCAGACAGCCAAUUCUGCCCGCUGGUGCCUCACCGGAGAAGAUGCUGAUUGGUUCUUCUUGGAAGGGCGAACAAUCAGACUAAACACAUCCUCUUCGAGGACACUGGAUCGAGAGGCGCAGGGAUCAGUUUUAAUGGCCGCAUUAAAAUGCUAUGAAGAUCAAACAACACAGAGUGAAUACAGGGUGAUGGUUGAGAUCCUUAAUGAAAAUGACAACAGACCCAUCUUUCUGCAGGAAGGUGGUCUGAUGUUUGACGUAAAUGAGCUAACUCCCGUCAACGCUGUGGCGUUCACCGUACAGGCCCGAGAUGCUGAUGAUGACAUCAUCACGUACGUUAUUGAUAAGUCACUGCCAGAUGCCAGCCAUUUCAGGAUAGAUCUGCCCAACAGUGGUGACGUGAUCUUGGAUAAACCCUUGGACUACGAGACCAAAACCCGACUGCACCUAAUAAUUUAUGCAGUAGAAAUGAACACCAUGGAAAGGUACAGCACCUCAACCAUGAUCACGGUCAACAUCCUGGAUGGAGAUGACCAGUACCCACAGUUCCAGCCAUGCACAGUCCUAACCCAGGAGAUGGUCCACCCUGUGUGCACUAACCCAGUCUACACAGCCAACAUCACAGAGAUGCAGAAAGACACUGUCUUAUUCUUCUCUCCGGGUCCAAUUCAUGCUGAGGACGGAGACAAAGGCUUGGGGACCCCGGUGGUCUACGCCAUUGUGUCAGGUUCUGACGACGGCCGGUUCCACAUUAACAACGAGACAGGAGACGUAGUAUUGAGGCGGCCACUGAAGAACCGAAUCCAGACACUCAUUCAGACAUUCAGAUUGCGGAUCAUGGCCUCUCAAGUUGAUGACCCAAGAAAGUAUACAGUGGCAACUGCCUUGAUCCGGGUUCUGGCAGAGAACCGAUUCCCACUCCACUUCAACAGAACAUCAUACAAGGGUUUUGUCAUGGAAGGAACCAGUCUGGCCACGCUGGUUUCCACCGACGGGAACAAGGUUCUAGUCAUCCAGGCCACAGACCACGACUUCAAAGACGGAGUGAACCCGAAAAUUAAUUACUCACUGCGGCAAACAUUCAAUAGCUCAAAACUCUUUCGCAUUACAAAUGAGGGCUUUUUAGUAGCUAUGACCAGUCAGCUGCGAGCCUUUGAAAGGCAUGUCUUGCAGGUGUAA